AUGGUUGAUGAUAGACGCCCUAAGAAGAAAGAUGUUCCUACUGAGAUUGUGUGCUAUACUUGUGGUGAGAAAGGCCACAAGAGCAAUGCUUGUCAUGGGGAUGUUAAUAGGUGUUUUCGCUGUGGUAAGAAGGGUCAUGCACUAGCUGAGUGCAAACAUGAGGAUAUUGUGUGUUUUAAUUGCAAUGAGGAAGGUCACAUUGGUUCACAGUGCAAGAAGCCUAAGAAUGCGCAGACUACUGGUAGAGUUUUUGCAUUGACUAGUACUCAGAAUGAGAACGAGGAUCGCUUGAUCAGAAUUGGGUCUUGCUAUGUCUAA